GUGCGGACCGCUUUUGAUGGCGGAGCUCAAGUUGUUGGGACACCUGAUUAAAACAUUAGGCAAGCGUUCUGGAAUCGGAGAACCAAGUGUUUGGCACGCCGUGAUCGUGACCUUUAUGCACUACUUUGCCUGGGGCCUUCUCACCGUUCCCUUCAUCGAAAAACUUUCGAGGUCCUUUGGAUAUCGCGUUCUUCUUGUCGAUGGUUUGGUUAAUGGAGUCCGAGGAACAGUUGCAUUUGUGUCCGCGCCCAUAAUGGGCUCCAUUUCCGAUUCCAGGGGUCGGAAACUGGUGAUGCUGUUGGCAGUGGCGAGUACUAACUUACCGAUUCCAUUCAUGAUGUUGAACGGUUGGUGGUGCCCCGCACUUUACGCUGUUAGCUCCGUUUUCGGCACCACUUACUCCGCAUCUUUGGCCUAUGUGGCGGAUGUCACCAGUCUGGAGAAUCGAUCAAAAGGGUAUGGAAUCUUGGCAGCCAGCUUUGUUACCGGCAUAGCAUUCUCCCCACUAUUAGGUAAUUUCUUGAUGGAUUCUAUUGGACCCGCAGCAGUAAUUCUGAUUGCAACCAUCACUUGGUUGCUAAAUAUUGUGUUUAUUAUUUUUGGAGUGCCAGAGAGUUUGGUUUUGCAUGAAAUCAGUCUUGUCUUGGAGGAGACGAACGAUAAUCAAAUGCUUAUCAAUGAAAACUUGUGCCAAAGAACAGAAGAUGAGGAGGAGGAAGAAUUAAACCUGGAGCAGAAAGCAUUUAUAAACAGUAAAGAAAUCGAAACGAUGUUCAAUGAACAAGCAGGUUAUCAUAUCGUAAAGCCUAAAGUAAAGGAACGAAUAGAGAUCGGUAUUUUAGAAAACAAACUGGAAAAACCCAUUCUUGAGCUGCAGGAGGAUUCUGAAAAAGAGCAAACCGAUAAUAAUAACACUAACUCCCAUCUCUGGGCGGUUUUACGCGAAAGCUAUAAAGAUAAAAACCUGUUAAUGAUAUUUAUCAUAUCAUUCCUAUCAAGUUUGCCUUUCGCGGGCCUAGAAUCCACUAUUCCGAUCUACCUUAAAAACAAUAUGGGAUUCGAGUAUGAGGAGGUCUCCUUGAUGUUGGGACUGCUUUCUGUGCUAGGAAUCACGUCGAAUAUCCUCUUGGGCUACCUUGUGAGUCUAGUGGGUGCCAAGUGGUCGAUCCGACUUGGCCUAUUUUGCCAGCUAUCGCAGCUGCUGUUGUUCGCAUUCGGAAUUCGACACUGGAUGCUCUGGCUGGGCAGUAUAGUGGCUGCCUUGGGUACCAUUAUCCAUCCCGCAACAAUUUCAGUGGCUUCGAUCUACGCCAGUCCCGUAAAUCUGGGCGCUGUCCUUGGCAUGAUCGCUGGGAUAGAGUGUUUGAGCGAGGGAUUGGGUCCCGCCACGUUUGGAGUAAUGUUCUACCUUUUUCAGGAUGAGCCAAAGAAUACUCAAACAGUUAAAUCACCAAUUCCACUUCCCUUUAUGGUAAGUGCCACUGGGAUCUUUGUGGCCAUCAUCCUGACUAUUGCAUUGAAAAGGGACACUCAUGAAAAGAGGCAAAAGAGGCUCUACAAGAUCACUAAUGACGCGACGGAGGAUCAAAAUGAGCUGGAACCACUAACGAAAACAGUCCAGAAAGUCGGAAAAGAAAAUGCUAGUUAUGUAAAAAUAGAGUUUGAUGGCAACCAUGAUGGAACUUAAUUGAUUUAAUUUUAGUUUAAAGUAAUUUUAUAAAAAAUGAAAAAUAUUGGA